CAGUACAGUGCGAGAGGGGGGAGAAGCGGGCCAGCCCGGUCUAGCAAAUGAGAAAAUAGAAAAGUGGGGAGUCCGACGGUGAAAUUUACGUCAAGCUUGAGAUGUGGGCGUGUAGGAGGGAGAGAAAAAACACGAGGCAUUACCGCCUUCUCUUAACGGGGUGCACCAUUUCAAUUCACUGCGCCACCUCGACAACAGGAAAAAUCACAAAGAGUUUCCGAAUAGCUGCGUGAACUAAACAGCGAUGUUCAACGCUCAGUUUUGGCAAUAUUUUCCCCUCACAACUAUCUAAAAUUGGCAUAUACUCCAAUGGUUUACUGGACGUAGGAUGGGAUUAACUUUGUCUGGAAGAUAUAUUUCAUUGUUUCUUGCUGUUCAAAUAGCCUAUCUGCUGCAGGCGGUUCGAGCGGCUGGGAAAUGUGAAACAGUGUUCAAAGGUUUCUCCGACUGCCUGCUUAAACUGGGAGAGAACAUGGCCAACUAUCCACAGGAGCUGGACGAGAAGGAAAACCUUCAGACCAUCUGCACUUACUGGGAUGAUUUCCAUUCAUGUGCGACCACUGCUCUGGCAGACUGUCAGGAGGGGGCCACAGAUCUUUGGGAGAAGCUGAAAAAAGAGUCCAGAAAUCUGGACUUUCGCGGCAGCUUGUUUGAACUGUGUGCGGCCGGGAACGGCGCGAGCCGAUCAUCGGUUCCGUUCGGCGUGACGCUGAUCCUAACCGCACUGUCUGCGCUCGUCACGUGGAUGCAGUUUUAACCCACGGAGAGAGAAGAAGAAGAAAGAAAAAAAAUCAAAGAAGAGAAAAAAAGAAAGAAAGAAAAGAUAGAGUAAAAGACCAGAUAAACCAUCAACACAAGAAUAAAAAAAUAAGUAAUGACGAUCAAAAAUCAUCCUCACCCAAAUGGAUUUAUAAACCUAUUUCAUCUGGAGAAAAAGACGUUUUUUUGCAAGAGACAAUGGCAAGAAGAAGUCUUCUGGGAAUGCUCAAGCACAUUUGCCUGACUCUGGGUCGAUUUCAUGAAAUAUUUAUCAGAUAUUGAGUUGAAAUGACGGCCUGAAUUUCUGAAAGGUCCUGGUUAGAAGCGUAGUAUUUUAUAACAUUACUGUCUGUUAUGAAUGAAUUAUUACUGUAGGCUUUUCACAUUCUCAACGGCCACCAUGCAUUAUAGAAAGAUAGGAAAUAUUCUCCCGUUCGUUUGUUUUUUAUAUGCUCAUUGUCAAUAUUUAGUUUUUCAUUUAUCAGAUUUAUUUUAGUCAAGCCAAGUAUAUGGACGAUGUGUGAGGGGGUUAGAAGGUUUGCUGACCAACCAAUCCAGAA